AACCCGCCCCUCGCUGUCGUCUGCUUCGCCAUUCGACUUCUGGUCCUUUGGUAGCUCGACAGGUCCGGCAGCAGACUCCCGUUCCCGCCCCCACCAACCAUGGCCCCGAACAGGAACCCACCCAUCAAGUUCACACAGAUCUUCAUUAACAACGAGUUCGUGAACUCUGUGAGCGGCAAGACCUUCCCAACGUACAACCCGGCGACCGGCAAGAAGAUCGCCGAUGUCCAGGAGGGUGACAAGGUAAGUCGUGCACAAGAAUUGCCUAUGACUGAUCGCCAUAGAAUAUUAUCGAUUCGACUACAAUAUCAAUGCAAAUUGUGUGAGCCAUUUUUUGUGGCAAAUACUGAUUGUAAUAUACUACACAUACCUUAUCUAUGUGCGCGUGUUAUGCAGAGUCUGGAAACUCUGAACAACGGCAAGCCGUACAAGUACGCCCAGGAGGACAUUGACACGUCAGUGAAACACCUGCGCUACUACGCCGGCUAUGCCGACAAGGUCCACGGCAAGACCAUCCCCGCCGAUGGCAGCUACUUCACUUACACCCGCAGCGAACCGGUCGGCAUCUGCGGACAAAUUCUACCCUGGAACUUCCCGGUGGUGUUGAUCGCGAUGAAGCUUGCCCCCGCGCUGGCUGCGGGCUGCGUGUGCAUCGUGAAGCCCGCUGAGCAGACUCCGCUGACGGCGCUGUACGUGGCCCAGCUGUGCAAGGAGGCCGGCAUUCCCCCUGGCGUCGUCAACGUGGUGCCAGGUUAUGGACCCACCGCCGGUGCCGCCAUCUGCGAGCACCCCGAGAUAAACAAGGUCUCCUUCACCGGAUCCACUGAGGUCGGCAAGCUCAUCCAGGAGGCCGCUGGAAGGACCAACACCAAGAGGGUCAACCUCGAGCUUGGUGGAAAGAGCCCUCUGGUCAUAUUCCCAGACGCUGACUUGGACGAAGCUGCCCAGAUUGCGCACAUUGGCCUGUUCGCCAACAUGGGUCAGUGCUGCGUGGCUGCUAGUCGCCUGUUCGUUCAUGAAGACAUUUAUGACAAGUUCGUGGCCAAAGCUGUUCAACUGGCUGCUCACCGCAGAACCCAGGUUGGCAACCCCUUCGACGACACCACCGAACAAGGACCACAGAUUGACGAUGAGCAGUUUCAGAAGAUUCUGGGCCUGAUCGAGUCCGGCAAGAAGGAAGGCGCCAAGAUCGAGAUCGGUGGCAAGCGAAUUGGCAACGAGGGCUACUUCGUCGAGCCCACUGUGUUCACCAACGUGACGGACGACAUGAGGAUCGCCAAGGAGGAGAUCUUCGGCCCAGUCCAGCAGAUCCUCAAGUUCAAGACCAUGGACGAGGUCCUCCGGCGAGCCAAUGACACCACCUACGGUCUCGCUGCGGGUGUCGUCACCAAGGACCUGAACACCGCCAUCACCUUUGCCGACGGAGUCCAAGCCGGCACCGUCUGGGUUAACACCUACCUCGCUGCGAACGUACAAGCUCCAUUUGGAGGCUUCAAGAUGUCCGGCCUUCACCGCGAAUGUAACGAGGACGGCAUCCUGAACUACAUUGAAACAAAGACGGUCACUAUCCAGAUCCCUCACAAGCACUCGUAGAGAACUGGAUCGCCAGCCAUGAUCACAAGAUGAAGCGUUCCUUUGUUCAGCCUGUGAAGUCAUUCCUGUUUCCUAUACUCAAGGGAAACCACGUUUUAUGUAAACCCAGCAAUAAACAGUUGCUCCUUA